AUGGAUGAUUCAGAUGUCCAAAAGAAAAGAUUACAGUGGAUGGAAUUUGAAAAUAGAUUUGAUGAUUUAUAUGUAAAUGGAGUUAAUGAGUUUCAUGACUAUGCUUUCACUAAUUUGGCCUUAAGUAGUGACAUAGAAGAAGAGGAUAAAAAGGUACCUUGCCCUUGUAAUCGGUGCAACAAUAGUCGACAUAAAACAAGGGAGGAAAUCUAUAAUGAUUUGCUACUUAAUGGCAUUGUGCGAAGUUAUGUUCGUUGGAUUUAUCAUGGAGAAUAUAAACCCCCAUUUAAAAGAAGUAGAAAUGAUUUAGGUGAAGGUAGUAGUGAUGAUAUAUUUAGGAUGAUCCAUGAAAGAUUUAGUCCUGGAGUCUCGAAUAAUGAUGUAGAUGAUGAUCUUGAUGAAGAGCAACAAUCAACUGAGGCCAGUCUUCCUAAGUACACUAAGGGUACGAAAGAGGCAAGGAUCUUUGAAAAUUUGAUGAGAGAUGCUCACAAAACCUCAUACCCUAGUUGUGACGAGUUCUCCAAAUUGUCAUUCAUCUUGAAAUUAUUUCAAAUCAAAUGCAUGGACGGCAUGACUAAUAAAGCUUUUACUAGUAUGCUUCAAAUGUUCAAGAGUGCUUUACCCAAAGGUGCUGAUGUGCCAUCGAAUUAUUAUGAAGCACGAAAGAUGAUAACUGAUCUCGGCUUCAACUAUGAGAAAAUAGAAGCAUGUGAACAUGACUGCAUGCUAUUUUGGAAGGAGAACGCUGAUUUAGAAAAAUGUUCCAUUUGUGGUACAAAUCGCAAUAGAUCUUGUCCGAAAGUCUUACGCUAUUUCCCACUAAAACCAAGGUUGCAAAGGUUGUUCAUGUCAUCCAAAACAUCGAAUGACAUGAGAUGGCAUUUUGAUAAACGUGAAGAUGAUGGAGUCUUGAAGCACCCCGCCGACAGUGAGGCAUGGAAGCAUUUUGAUAAAGAACAUACUAUGUUUGCUUCGGACUCUCGUAAUGUAAGGUUGGGUUUAGCUAGUGAUGGGUUUAAUCCAUUUGGUGGGCUUAGAAGUGAAUAUAGUAUAUGGCCUGUAGUUCUUGUUGUGUAUAACUUGCCUCCAUGGAUGUGUAUGAAACAGCCGUAUAGUAUACUAUCUUUGUUGAUUCCCGAAAAAAGUGGGCCAGACAAUAACAUUGAUGUGUACUUGCAACCAUUAAUUGAGGAGCUAAAGGAGUUGUGGGAAACGGGCGCUAUGACUUAUGAUGCUUCUCAGAAUUCAUAUUUUCAUAUGCAUGCUGCAUUAUUGUGGACUAUCAACGAUUUUCCAGCAUAUGCUAACUUGUCAGGAUGGUCUACCAAGGGUUAUAAGGCAUGUCCUCGUUGUAUGAAUGAAACUAGCUCCAUUAGAUUACCAAAUCAAGGAUCAUGUUGUUAUAUGGAUACUCGUCGCUUUCUUCCAACAGACCAUAAAUGGAGAUUUAGUAAAUCUUUUAAUGGGAAAAUAGAAACAAGGGGUCCUCCUAAAAAGACAUCUGGAUAUGAUAUUUUAACUCAAGUUAGGGACCUCGAAGACAUGAAAUUUGGAAAAAAUGAAAUUUCUCCAAAAAGAGAUGAUAACUGGAAGAAGAAAAGUAUAUUUUUCAAUUGCCUUAUUGGAGUACCCUUUUGA